AUGGCAACAAAGCCCAGGACGCCAACCAUACCCCUGACCGAGAUCGAACACGCCGCCUUCUGCCGGCCCGAAGAUGAACUCCCGGCCAAGUCCCUGGCCGAAGAGAUUGCCAUCAACGUCCGGUGGCAGAAGAUUCCCCCAGAGUACCUGCGCUUUUCGCCCGAAGAACUGGACCAGCGCAUCCACGACGUGCGGCAAAAGCUGGGAACCGAUGUAACCAUCCUGGGCCACCAUUACCAGCGGGAAGAGAUAAUCAAGUACGCCGACUUCCAGGGCGACUCCUUCCUGCUCUCCCAGGAGGCCGCCUCCCGCACCGAGGCCAGCUACAUUGUCUUUUGCGGCGUCCACUUCAUGGCCGAAACCGCUUGCAUCCUCUGCGCCCCGCACCAGAAGGUGAUUCUCCCCAACAUCACCGCCGGUUGCUCCAUGGCCGAUAUGGCCCCCAUGGAGGAUGUGGACGAUGCCUGGGAAGACUUGCAGGACGUAUUGGGCGACCACGGCGGCAUCAUUCCCGUCACCUACAUGAACUCCAUCGCCGGUAUCAAGGCCCUCUGCGGCCGCAACAACGGCGCCGUCUGUACCUCGUCCAAUGCCCCCGCCGUACUCAAGUGGGCUUUCGAGCGGGCCCAGCGUGUCCUCUUCCUGCCCGACCAGCACCUGGGCCGCAACACCGCCCUUAAGCUGGGCAUACCCCUGGACGAAAUGGUGGUCUGGAAUCCCUUCAAGCGGUUGGGCGGCAACACCCCCGAGCAGCUUCGCCACGCCAAGAUGGUCCUGUGGCAGGGCCACUGCUCCGUGCAUACCCGCUUUACCCCCGGCCAGGUCCAGUCGGCCCGCGACCGCUACCCCGACAUCAACGUCGUGGUGCACCCCGAGUGCCCCAUGGAGACCCUCGAGGUGGCGGACAUGAACGGCUCCACCGAGUUUAUCCGCAAGACCAUCAACGAGGCUCCCGCCGGCAGCCAGUGGGCCGUGGGCACCGAAAUCAGCCUGGUCAACCGCCUGGCCCUCCAGAAUCCCGACAAGACCAUAUUCUGCCUGGACCCGGUCAGUUGCCCCUGCUCCACCAUGUACCGCAUCCACCCGGCCUACCUGCUCUGGGUGCUGGAAGGCCUGGCCGCCGGAGAGGUCAACAACCAGAUAACCGUCCCCGAACAAAUGCGCCAGGAAGCCAACGUAGCCCUGGAAAGAAUGCUGGCCCUGCGCUAG